UAUUUUCUUAUUGCUCUAUUCCUCAUUCCUGUCAAUAGGGCGGCUGCUCUAGCCGACCAAUAUCGCAAAAAAGCUGUCCUUUUCAAAACGGGAAACAUAGUUCUCGUUCCUUUGGGUGAUGACUUUCGAUUUCUAUCUACUAAAGAAUGGGAUAUUCAAGUUUCAAACUACCGCAAAUUAAUUCAAUAUUAUGACGAUCAUCCUGAGCUGAGAAUCACCUUGAGGUUUUCAACUCUAUCUAACUACUUUGAUCGGCUUCAUGAAUUAGCUGGCGUCGACUCCGAUACAAUACCCACUCAGUUAUCGAAUCAUCAGGGCAGCUUCAAGACGUUUGUCGGUGACAUGUUCACUUAUGCGGAUCGUGAUCAUGACUACUGGAGUGGAUAUUUUACCUCAAGGCCUUUCUACAAGCGAAUGUCACGUACCCUGGAAUCAGAGCUUCGGACUGCCGAAAUCCUCUAUUCAUUCGCAAGACACAGGUUUUCUUUAUGGAGCCUGGAUUCACAGUCAUUUUUAACUCAAAAUGACUCCAUUAGCAUUAAAUUUGUUGAACUAUUUGACAAACUCUAUAGCUUGCUGACUUUGGCAAGAAGAAAUUUGGGGCUUUUUCAGCACCAUGACGGUAUCACCGGCACAGCUACAUCAAGAGUUGUUCAAGAUUAUAACAUUAGGUGA